AUGGCUACCAGAUCUGGGAGACGUAUACAUUCAUCAUUUGGAAAUAACGACGAACCUGACAUAGAACAAAUUGCCAUAAAAAGUGAAAGGAAAACCAGAAUCAAACGGCGAAAAGAUAAUUGUGACGAGUCAAAUGCUAUGUUAAAUGCAACCGCGCAUUACGUCCGUUAUCCAGGAGAUGAAGCAACGACCUAUGACACAAAUGUAAUUAAAUCCACUCGAAAAUUGCGCCGACAUACGCUUAAGGAACAUAAUGUUUUAGCAACAAAUACAGGAAAUGAUGACGAUAAUGUUGAUGUAGAAAAACCUAAACAUACACGAAGAAAUAAGAAAUUUAUUAAAGAAAGUGUGGACGACACUGCUGAAAGUAAUUUGCUGGUUGUAAACGGGACUGAAUUUCCUAAGCAAAAAGUGAAAAAGAUUAAAAAGAAAAAGCAAAGUAUUAUUGUUGAGCCAAUAGAAAAUUAUGAAGAAGCUGUUAAAGAGAAUGUGCCAAAGACAAAGAAGAAAUCCAAGAGAAGGAGAAACUUAAAGCAACCAGGUUUGUGUAAGGAGGAGGAUGUCAUUGAAGAUAAUUUAAAAAAUAGUACACUAAACAAAAGCAAUAUGUCUGUUGACUCAUUUCAUAGUGCUGCUAGCAGCCCUGAGUCUCUUAAGCCUAAUGGCAUUACAGUUAAAGUUGUUGAAGAUGCAGUAUCUGCAAAAAACGCCGAUACUUUACACAGAUCUGGUAAAAAAUCAUUAACACCUAAAGUCCACAAAAGGAAAAUCUCAAUUACCACCAAAGAUUUGGAUGACUGUGAAGUCGAAUACAUUGACAAAGCAACUAUAACAAAACGAAAGUCAAGUAGGAAUAGAAAGUCCAUAGAUCAAACCAUUGAAGUAAUAAAGCCGAGCUAUAUUGACAAUAAUGCUAACUCUUGCUCUAAGAACUCUGUGAACACAUUUGUUAUCUCAGAUCUCAAUACAAAUUGCACCUCUGAGAAGACAAACAAGCGGCUUUGUAGCAUUUUUCAAAAUACCACAAUUGAGGAGCCAAGCUAUCAACCGGACAGUGCUACAGGGGACUCUAAUGUUAGAACUGAUAGUACAUUUGACAAAUCAAAUACCGAAAUGAAUUGCACAUUUGAAAAGUCAAAUCAAAAUUUAAAUAGAACUUUUGAAAAGCCAAGUGAUGAUUAUAAAUCUGAUAGGACAUACAUCAACACAAUUGCGGAGAUGUCUGUGCCAAUAAGUAGCAGUGAAAGAAAAUCUCUUAAUGCACUAAAACAUGAUAUGUCUUACUCUAAACGAAGCCUCAACAGCACAUUUGAGAAAAGGUCUGAUAAGCCUAAACCGAACAAAACAAAAUCACUUGACACAACAUUUGAUAGAGAGAGCAGUGGCGGAUCAAACUCAACAUUUGACAUUGUACAGAACAAUUCAAAUGAUAAACCUGAUUCUGUGAAUCUCACUUUUGAUAAAUCCACUAAUGAUUCCCACAUUAGUAUUAACAGUGAUGACUCAAGAACAGAAAACAUUAUCAACACAACCCCACAACUAGUUGAAAGCAGUAUGGAAGUGUCUAAUAUUCAAAAUUCCCCAAUAUGUCAGCAACCUCGAGCAAGCAUGGAAAACAUAAAAGAUGUACCCAUUACACCUCUUAAACGGGAAGGCACAUACACUAAAGAGAGUCCAACAGUUGAAGCACUAAAAACUCAAGAACCUAACACACCGAAACUCAAAGAGGCCAGACUGUCAAUAGAUAAAACUCCAAACAGACGUAAAUCUCUACCAUCACCAGGUCACACUCCAUUUCCAGGUUCGAAAAGUUCAGAGAAAAGCCAGACUGUACUAAACUUAACUCACUCCAUUGAAAAGUCACUGCCACGGGCAUCCCUUGCUGACCCUAUUCCUAGGACGACCAAAGUUAUGUUUUGCAGUCCUGUAAACAAUACUGCCAUAGCUUCACAGAUAAAGAGGAAGGUGAUAAAGUCUAACUUGAAAGGUUCUAAUAAGAGUUUUGUAUUUGAUGAGAGCUUGUCUGAUACAAGGCGGCCAACAACUCGCAAGCGGUCAUAUACUCAAAGUGAUGCUGAGGAUUCACGAACUAAGCGCUCCAAGAUUGGAGAGGAGAUGCAGCAGUCAGUGGACAGGUUGUCUCGGCCCAGAACAGUCAGUGCAGCAGCCAAGCUCUCGGAGCCGUCGACGCCGUUGAAAAAGGCGGGCACCCCGUCAAAGGCGAAGGUGGCGAGGACGAAGCUGCCCAACUUCGCCGCGCUGCACCAGAAGCGCUUCGAGAAGAUGGAGUCGCUGGACGAGUGCCAGGAGAGGAAGGCGAGGCGGGCGCGACAGCUGCUCACGCCCACCGGCAGCGUUAACAUACUGGAAAGGAUCAGCCCUAAAGAUAAAGCCGCCGACUCGCCGAAGAGGUCGCAAGCGAAGGAAACGAAGAAGCACACGCUGGCUUCCUUGAACCCCGGCUACACUAGGUUCGGCUUUAAGAUGAACUGCGAGGCGAAUCCCUUCAGCGUCUCCGGCAAAGGGGCCGAGCCGACUGCGAAGGGCGGGCCCCAUGGCCUGACGAGGCAGGCCACCCUCCCAUCGCUGGUGGGUGCAACCUCCUUGAGGAGGGAGGCGGCGAAGCAGGCCGUCAUGAGGGAGAAGUCCUUCACGGGGAAGAGGGACGUCACGAGGAAGGAGAACAGGACGGUCAUCAAGGGCGUGAGGACGAACCGACGGUUCGAGCUGCAGAUGAAGAUGAGGAAUAUAAAC